AUGGCGUCCCCGGCGCUGGCGGCGGCGCUGGCGGCGGCGGCGGCGGCGGCGGGCCCCAACGCGAGCGGCGCCGGCGAGGGGGGCAGCAGCGGGGACGCCAACGCCUCGGGCGCCGCGCCGGGGGCCGCCUGGGGGCCGCCCCCGGGCCAGUACUCGGCGGGCGCCGUGGCGGGGCUGGCUGCCGUGGUGGGCUUCCUCAUCGUCUUCACCGUGGUGGGCAACGUGCUGGUGGUGAUCGCCGUGCUGACCAGUCGGGCGCUGCGUGCGCCACAGAACCUCUUCCUGGUGUCGCUGGCCUCGGCCGACAUCCUGGUGGCCACGCUGGUCAUGCCUUUCUCCCUGGCCAACGAGCUCAUGGCCUACUGGUACUUCGGGCAGGUGUGGUGCGGCGUGUACCUGGCGCUGGACGUGCUCUUCUGCACCUCGUCCAUCGUGCACCUGUGCGCCAUCAGCCUGGACCGCUACUGGUCGGUGACGCAGGCCGUCGAGUACAACCUGAAGCGCACACCGCGCCGCGUCAAGGCGACCAUCGUGGCCGUGUGGCUCAUCUCGGCUGUCAUCUCCUUCCCACCGCUCGUCUCGCUCUACCGCCAGCCCGACAGUGCCGCCUACCCGCAGUGCGGCCUCAACGACGAGACAUGGUACAUCCUGUCGUCCUGCAUCGGCUCCUUCUUCGCGCCCUGCCUCAUCAUGGGCCUGGUCUACGCGCGCAUCUAUCGCGUGGCCAAGCUGCGCACGCGCACGCUCAGCGAGAAGCGUGCGCCCACGGGCCCCGACGGGGCGUCCCCGACCACUGAAAACGGGCUGGGUGCUGCGGCGGGCGCGGGCGAGAACGGGCACUGCGCGCCCCCGCGCCGCCCGUGCGCCGACGUGGAUCCGGAGGACAGCAGCGCGGCGGCGGAGCGGCGGCGGCGCCGGGGUGCGCUGCGGAGGGGCGGGCGGCGGCGCGCUGCGGGGGAAGGGGGCGCGGGCGGCGCGGGCGGCGCCGACGUGGCGGCGCCCGGGCCGGGGCCAGGAGCGAGCGAUUCCGGUGCGCUGGCUGCCGCUAGGUCCCCGGGUCCCGGCGGGCGCCUCUCGCGCGCCAGCUCUCGCUCCGUCGAGUUCUUUUUGUCGCGCCGCCGCCGGGCGCGCAGCAGCGUGUGCCGCCGCAAGGUGGCCCAGGCGCGCGAGAAGCGCUUCACCUUCGUGCUGGCGGUGGUCAUGGGCGUGUUCGUGCUCUGCUGGUUCCCCUUCUUCUUCAGCUACAGCCUGUACGGCAUCUGCCGCGAGGCCUGCCAGGUGCCCGACCCGCUCUUCAAGUUCUUUUUCUGGAUCGGCUACUGCAACAGCUCGCUCAACCCGGUCAUCUACACCGUCUUUAACCAGGACUUCCGCCGUUCCUUUAAGCAUAUCCUCUUCCGACGGAGGAGAAGGGGCUUCAGGCAGUGAGCCGCGUGCCCGGCCCCGCGCAGACCCUGG